AUGUACACGGCCUGUGCUAGCACGGACUCAAUGUACUGCAAAUUCAGAUCUGGCAUAACUUCUCAGGCGUCGGCAACACGAUUCCGGCGACUAAUUUCCGCCGCAAAUUGCCGGAAUCAGGCGACUCAACAAAGCUUGGAUGAUGAAGAGAAGAAGAGAUUUUGGGAGGAUUUGGACGAGAUGGUAAGGGGUGUUCCCAGUAAUGAAAAACUUUUCAUAAGAGGCGAUUUCAAUGGGCACAUUGGGUCUUCUUCGAGAGGAUAUGAUGAUGUGCAUGGAGGCUAUAGGUUCGGUGUAAGAAAUGUUGAAGGAGUGACACUUCUAGAUUUUGCUCGGGCGUUUAGAUUGGUAGUAGGCAAUUUUAACUUUCCCAAAAAGGAGGUCCACUUGACUACCUUUUAUAGUUCGAUGUCCAAGACUCAAAUUGUCUUCUUGUUCCUCAAGAAAGGAGAUAGGGGUAUUUGUAAGGAUUGUAACGUUUUACCGAGUGAGAGUAUUUCGACCCAACAUAGGAUUUUGGUCAUGGACUUGGAGAUCAGGAAGGAGUAG